AACGGCUGGCGUUAAUCACUUCGAAAACAGCGGGCGUCGGGCUCUGGAAUGGAAGACAACCAGUCCCCGGCCAGGGGACAGUCCUCACGGAAACAAAUGUCUUCCCAGCAGCAGCGCGCCAAGCCUUCCUAAAUACGCCCCGGUGCCGCUUGUAACUGUGUAGCCAGGCUAAGUAAUGUCGCCGUGUUCGUCGCCGGGCUGUGAUUUUACACCGAAAACGCCAGCGCAAACAAAAAGCCCACGCUCCGCCGAACGGCAAUGGGCGGCCCGCGCCGGACUCGCGGCCGCGGCGCUCCGGUCAUGGCGCCCCUCCGGGCCGAGCCGCGCCCUGCGCCUUCCCCGGGGACGGGAGCGGCCCCCGCGCCCACUCCGUGCGGCAGGCAGGCAGGGGGGCGCUGCGGGCAGCGCGGCCGGGCCCCAACGCCGCCAGCGGCCCAUCCUACCUCGGCCGCCCCCCUGUGCGCGGCCCGUCGGCGCGGCCCUCGCCCCCAGCCGUGGCUCCUCCCUCUCCUGCCGGUCGGUCCCAGGGCGCAGGGCUGACAUCACGCCCGGGGUUUCCAUCCGACCGAGGGAGGGAGAGGCUGCGCGGAGUGGCAGCGUGAUGGCGGCGGUCGGGAGGACUUAAGAAGCGGUGGCGGAGCAGAGCAGCGUAGCGCCCACUCUGGUUUUCCGUGCGCCUCUCCCUGCCCGGUUCGGGGCCUCAUUGUUCGAGCCAGCGAGCGAGCCCGUCGUGCGGGGCUGAGGAGCCGGCGGCCAGCGGCAGGAGUGGCGUCCCAGGCCCCGCCGCAGCCGCAGGAGCUGCCCCCGACCCUGGGCUGCGGCACGAACCUCCUCGCGGGGCGUAGCGCCGUCUCGGGCCGGGGCGAUCCUGCGAAGGCCGGGUGCACGGAGGUAUUUUAGGAGAAACCUUGCAUACCUGCCGAGAACACUAGAGCAAACAAAUCACCUGGAAAACGUACAGAAUACCAAGAAGUGGAUUCUCGAUAUCCACCUCGUGACUUGAGUGGACUUCCGUUUAGCUUUUAAACUUCUUAAUAAUUACAAUGAAUGGGCACAGUGAUGAAGAAAGCAUAAGAAACAGUAGCGGGGAGUCAAGGGUUUGUCUUUCCAGGGUCUUGUGUAAAUCAGCAGACUUUGUUCCUCAUUGCGUGGUCCUGUCAGAGGCACCUUGUUUUAAGGGCCGAUCAGAUGACGAUUCCGGGUCAGCAUCAGGUUCUGGAUCUGGUUCAAGCUCUGGAAGCAGUAGUGACAGAAGCAGCAGCCAGUCAGGCAGCAGUGACUCUGACUCUGGUUCAGAGUCAGGCACUCAGUCAGAAUCAGAGUCUGACACAUCUAGAGAGAAGAAACAAAUUCAAGCUAAACCACCAAAAGUUGAUGGAUCUGAGUUCUGGAAGUCUAGUCCAAGUAUACUUGCUGUGCAAAGAUCGGCAGUACUGAAGAAACAACAGCAACAACAAAAGACAGCCUCAUCAGACAGUGGUUCAGAAGAGGACUCAUCAAGUAGUGAAGAUUCUCCAGAUGACUCAUCCAGUGAAACCAAGAAGAAAAAACAUAAAGAUGAAGACUGGCAAAUGUCGGGAUCAGGGUCAGUAUCGGGAACUGGUUCCGAUUCUGAAUCAGAGGAAGAUAGGGACAAAAGCAGUUGUGAAGAGAGUGAAUCUGACUAUGAGCCAAAAAACAAGGUCAAAAGCCGUAAACCUCCAAGCAGAAUUAAGCCAAAAAGUGGGAAAAAGAAUGCAGGACCAAAAAAGAGGCAACUUGAUUCAUCAGAGGAUGAUGAGGAGGAAGAGGAGGAGGAUGAUGAUGAUGAUGAUGAUGAUGAUGAUUAUGAUAAGAGGGGAGCUCGUCGCCAGGCAACAGUCAAUAUUAGUUACAAAGAAGCUGAAGAAACCAAGACAGAUUCUGAUGAUUUGCUGGAAGUUUGUGGAGAAGAUGUCCCACAACCUGAAGAAGAUGAAUUUGAAACUAUAGAGAAGUUCAUGGAUAGUCGAGUUGGCCGAAAAGGAGCCACGGGUGCUGCAACCACCAUCUAUGCAGUUGAGGCAGAUGGUGACCCAAAUGCUGGGUUUGAAAAGUCAAAGGAGCCAGGAGAAAUACAGUAUCUUAUUAAAUGGAAAGGUUGGUCACAUAUCCAUAACACUUGGGAAACUGAGGAAACUCUGAAGCAACAAAAUGUUAAAGGAAUGAAGAAGCUGGACAACUAUAAGAAAAAGGAUCAGGAAACAAAACGAUGGCUGAAAAAUGCUUCUCCAGAAGAUGUGGAAUAUUAUAACUGCCAGCAGGAGCUUACAGAUGAUCUCCAUAAACAAUAUCAGAUAGUGGAAAGAAUAAUUGCUCAUUCAAAUCAGAAAUCAGCAGCUGGUUAUCCAGACUACUAUUGUAAAUGGCAAGGUCUGCCUUAUUCAGAAUGUAGCUGGGAAGAUGGGGCUCUCAUUGCCAAAAAGUUUCAGGCACGCAUUGAUGAGUACUUUAGCAGAAAUCAGUCCAAGACCACUCCCUUUAAGGAUUGCAAGGUUCUAAAACAGAGGCCAAGGUUUGUUGCAUUAAAGAAGCAACCAUCCUACAUUGGAGGACAUGAAAGUUUGGAGUUAAGAGAUUAUCAGUUAAAUGGUUUGAAUUGGCUUGCUCACUCAUGGUGCAAAGGGAAUAGCUGUAUUCUUGCGGAUGAAAUGGGUCUGGGUAAAACAAUACAAACAAUUUCUUUUCUGAACUACCUGUUUCAUGAACAUCAGUUGUAUGGGCCUUUCUUGCUGGUUGUGCCACUUUCUACCUUGACAUCUUGGCAAAGAGAGAUUCAAACUUGGGCUCCUCAGAUGAAUUCUGUAGUUUACUUAGGAGAUAUAACUAGCAGAAACAUGAUAAGAACUCAUGAAUGGAUGCAUCCACAAACCAAACGAUUAAAAUUUAACAUACUUCUAACAACCUAUGAAAUUUUGCUGAAGGAUAAGUCAUUCCUUGGUGGUCUGAAUUGGGCAUUCAUAGGAGUUGAUGAAGCUCAUCGUUUAAAAAAUGACGACUCUCUUCUGUACAAGACUUUAAUAGACUUUAAGUCUAACCAUCGUCUUCUUAUUACUGGAACCCCUCUGCAAAACUCUCUCAAAGAGCUCUGGUCUUUGUUGCACUUCAUCAUGCCAGAAAAGUUUUCCUCCUGGGAAGAUUUUGAAGAGGAACAUGGCAAAGGGAGAGAAUACGGUUAUGCAAGUCUUCACAAAGAACUGGAACCAUUUCUGCUGAGAAGAGUUAAAAAAGAUGUAGAAAAGUCUUUGCCUGCUAAAGUUGAGCAAAUUCUGAGGAUGGAAAUGAGUGCAUUGCAGAAACAAUAUUACAAGUGGAUUUUAACUAGGAAUUAUAAAGCCCUCAGUAAAGGUUCAAAAGGCAGUACCUCGGGCUUUUUGAACAUCAUGAUGGAACUCAAGAAGUGUUGUAACCAUUGCUACCUCAUUAAGCCACCAGAUGAUAAUGAAUUCUACAAUAAACAGGAGGCCUUACAGCAUUUAAUACGUAGCAGUGGGAAACUAAUCCUUCUUGACAAGCUACUGAUUCGUCUGCGAGAACGUGGCAACAGAGUUCUGAUUUUCUCACAGAUGGUGAGGAUGCUGGAUAUCCUAGCAGAAUAUCUGAAGUAUCGUCAGUUUCCCUUUCAGAGACUUGAUGGAUCAAUAAAAGGGGAAUUGAGGAAACAAGCGUUGGAUCAUUUUAAUGCAGAAGGAUCAGAGGACUUCUGCUUUUUACUGUCUACCAGAGCUGGAGGAUUAGGUAUCAAUUUGGCAUCCGCUGACACUGUAGUUAUAUUUGAUUCUGACUGGAAUCCACAGAAUGAUCUGCAAGCGCAGGCCAGAGCGCAUAGGAUCGGGCAGAAGAAACAGGUUAAUAUUUAUCGACUAGUCACAAAAGGAUCAGUAGAAGAAGAUAUUCUUGAAAGAGCCAAGAAAAAGAUGGUGUUAGAUCAUUUAGUAAUUCAGAGAAUGGACACUACGGGGAAAACUGUACUACAUACAGGCUCUACUCCUUCAAGCUCAACGCCUUUUAAUAAGGAGGAGUUAUCAGCAAUUCUGAAGUUUGGUGCUGAGGAACUAUUUAAAGAACCUGAAGGGGAAGAACAGGAACCCCAGGAAAUGGAUAUAGAUGAAAUCUUGAAGAGGGCUGAAACACGGGAAAAUGAGCCAGGUCCAUUAACUGUAGGAGAUGAGUUGCUUUCACAGUUCAAGGUGGCCAACUUUUCCAAUAUGGAUGAAGAUGAUAUUGAGUUGGAACCAGAAAGAAAUUCAAGAAAUUGGGAAGAAAUCAUUCCGGAAGUCCAGCGACGACGAAUAGAAGAGGAGGAAAGACAAAAGGAACUUGAAGAAAUAUAUAUGCUUCCAAGGAUGAGAAACUGUGCAAAACAGAUCAGCUUUAAUGGAAGUGAAGGGAGGCGCAGUAGGAGCAGAAGAUACUCUGGAUCUGAUAGUGACUCCAUCUCAGAAAGAAAACGGCCAAAAAAACGUGGAAGACCACGAACUAUUCCUCGAGAAAAUAUCAAAGGAUUUAGUGAUGCAGAGAUCAGGCGGUUUAUCAAGAGUUACAAGAAAUUUGGUGGCCCGCUUGAAAGGUUAGAUGCUGUAGCUAGAGAUGCUGAGCUAGUUGAUAAAUCAGAGAUAGAUCUUAGACGUUUGGGAGAGCUUGUACAUAAUGGAUGCAUUAAAGCUUUAAAGGACAACUCAUCUGGACAAGAAAGAGCAGGAGGUAGACUUGGGAAAGUUAAAGGCCCAACAUUCCGAAUCUCAGGAGUACAGGUGAAUGCAAAGCUAGUCAUCUCUCACGAAGAAGAGUUGGCACCACUGCACAAAUCCAUUCCAUCAGAUCCAGAAGAAAGAAAAAGAUAUGUCAUCCCAUGCCAUACCAAGGCUGCUCAUUUCGAUAUAGAUUGGGGUAAGGAAGAUGAUUCCAAUCUGUUAAUAGGCAUCUAUGAAUAUGGUUAUGGCAGCUGGGAAAUGAUAAAAAUGGAUCCUGAUCUCAGUUUAACACAGAAGAUUUUGCCUGAUGAUCCAGAUAAGAAACCCCAGGCGAAACAGUUACAGACCCGUGCAGACUACCUCAUUAAAUUACUGAACAAAGACCUUGCAAGGAAGGAAGCACAAAGGCUUGCUGGUGCAGGCAAUUCAAAGAGGAGGAAAACAAGAACUAAGAAGAAUAAGGUGAUAAAGGCUGCAAAAAUAAAAGAUGAAAUAAAAAGUGAUUCUUCACCACAGCCUUCAGAAAAAUCUGAUGAAGAUGAUGAUGAGGAUAACAAGGAUGAGAUUGUUUCAGUGAAACAUCCACAUAAAAAAAUUAAAGCAGAAAAAGAAAAUGAAGAAAAGCCUGAGCCAGAUAUUGGUAUAAAGAAGGAAGCUGAAGAAAAGAGAGAGACAAAAGAAAAGGAAAAUAAGAGGGAUUUGAAAAGGGAGAAAAAAGAAAAAGAGGAUAAGAAAGAAUUAAAAGAAAAAGAUAUUAAAGAAAAGAGAGAAAACAAAGUUAAAGAAUCUACACAGAAAGAAGUAAAGGAAGAGAAGGUAAAUGAAAUCAAAUCUGAAAGUAAAGAAAAAACUAAAAAAAUUCCACUGUUGGAUACUCCAGUUCAUAUUACUGCAACUAGUGAACCAGUUCCUAUAUCAGAAGAAUCUGAAGAACUGGAUCAAAAAACUUUUAGUGUGUGCAAAGAAAGAAUGAGGCCUGUUAAAGCAGCACUGAAACAGUUGGAUCGACCAGAGAAGGGCCUUUCUGAAAGGGAGCAGCUGGAACAUACUAGACAGUGUCUAAUCAAAAUUGGGGAUCACAUUACUGAAUGUCUGAAGGAGUACACAAAUCCUGAACAAAUUAAACAGUGGAGAAAAAACUUGUGGAUUUUUGUGUCGAAGUUUACAGAAUUUGAUGCCAGAAAACUACACAAACUAUAUAAACAUGCAAUCAAAAAACGCCAAGAGUCUCAGCAACACAAUGACCAGAAUAUUAGCAGCAAUGUGAAUACACAUGUAAUUAGAAAUCCAGAUGUGGAAAGAUUGAAGGAAAAUACAAACCAUGAUGACAGUAGCAGGGACAGUUAUUCUUCUGAUAGACAUUUGUCACAAUACCACGAUCAUUAUAAAGACAGGCAUCAGGGAGACGCUUACAAGAAAAGUGACUCUAGGAAAAGGCCCUAUUCAGCCUUCAGCAAUGGAAAAGAUCACAGAGACUGGGAUCACUACAAACAAGACAGCAGUGUAGAUGUCCUGGUGUCUGAGCAGCACUCAGUUUCUGGUUUCUGAGAGCCUUUCACUACUAUCAAGAAACGGACUUGCAAAGGAUUCCAGCACCAACCACUAAACGACGGCAGUUUCUGCAGAAACAUGACAAUCCUACAAAAGGAAUGUACCCCCAACAGCCUUUGAGACAUGGACAGCGCAGCAACCUAAAGCACUGACUCCCUGGGCUUUGGUGCCUGCCUGCCUUCUUGUCAGUGCUCAGCUGGCAUUUUUUGUCCCUGUGUGAUGUUCUGUCAUCAACAAAUGGAUCCUGUGACCUCCGGAGCCCUUACUGUUUAGCUGCAGGGUUCCCACUUAGUGUAAAAUCCCAGUGAAGUACUCUUCUAGUUAAUGUUAUUUUAAGGAGCAGUUUCAGUCUCCAGCAUUAUGCUUAGUGUUGUGUUCAGUGACAACUGCUUUUUUUGGAGGGAAAUUACCUCAUCGUUACUUAGGAAGAUGGGCAAGACUGGAGACACUAAAGGAGAUGAUCCCGAUACCAGCUUUUUUUUCCUGAUGAGACUUUGUAUUGCAAGUUUCUCUAUGAUCAAGUUUUAUUUGAACAGCAAAUUAAUUGAAUCCUAGCUUCUUUUUGUGUACUAUGGCUGACAGGAGGUCCUCUCAUUUUUACCUUUACAGAAAGACAAUCUCUUACUUCUACUGGAGAGUAGUAAAGACUGUUAGAAUAGGUAACACCUGGUAUGAGUCAUCCGCUUCUACUGAACAAGGUUUGUUUUUCUGAACUAUGACACGUAGUGAUGUCACUUGUAAAUCUUCAAUCUUCAUACAAGCUAGUAGGGUUGCACCUGAAAUUUAGGCUUUGUUCUUAAAGCAACGCUGAAGCUUUUAUUUGUGAAAUGCUUCAGAAGCAGUGGCUUAAGAAAUAAAAUUGUGUGAGAUAAAGCUAGGAGCAGAAAUAAAAGAGGAGGUUCAUAGAAUUCGUUUUUGUUUCUUACCCUUUUCAUUUUUCUCUGUAGCCCAAUUAUUAAGAUCUAAGUUGAGAAUGACGGGGUAAUGGGGAGCACAUUCUGGUCCACCCAUCCUUAUAUUCUCACGCUGCAUGAGGUCAGUGAAAGAUACUUCUUUGUAUAUGGCCAAUAACAAAACCAAAGAAUGUUUCUAGCUUGUAUUUUCCAACUCCCUUGCCCUACAAAUUUAAUUGGUAACUAUCUUAUUUUUUAAUUGCUUUGGGAUAAUGAUAAUCCAUUAUAAUUGUUAAUUUGCAUAAAGUAAGAAUUGCCAUUGUCCUAUUGAAAAUAAAAUCUUUUUAGACCUAACAUACAAAGAAAAUUACGCUUUUAAAAUUAUUUAUAGCAUCUUUAUAAACCUAUUAUGGAAGCCACUUUGGUUUACACUCUAAAGCUCAGCAUUAGUCUUCUAAACUAUAUCAAUAUAAUUCCCUCUUAAAAUAUAGCAGCUGAAUAAAUUUUUAAGAAACUUUAGAUAUUUGUUCAUAUAUUGUAGAAAAAAAUGGAGUGGGGUGUUGUUUUAUAGACAAGUGCCAAGUCCUGAUCAAGCGUAUAAUUUUCAGUUUACUCCAAAACUUCAUUAUUUACACAAACUAAUAAAUACAGAAAACUUGCAUGCAUUUAUUGUGGAUUAUCAAGACAGUAUUUAAAAUUUGUGUUCUUCCAUUGCAUAAUGUGGCUCACCUUCAUGCAUCUUAAUCAUUCAUAGGAAGUAAAUGGAGCCCUUUGAGAUAUGUAAGCGCUCUCUGGAUUUCAGAAAGAAACUUCAAAGCAAUUAAUUAAUAGUUCUGUGUUUUGUCAACACCUGAGAUGUAACUGUAACCCCAAACUAUUUAGUUGAGGCUUGACUCAUUACAAAUACAUUUUAUUCUAGCUAUAAGGAAAAAGGUAGCUAUGUAAUGGUCUACAAUAAUAUAUAUGAAUUACAUGUGGGGGGUAGCUGCACUCUGAACCUUGGUUAACUGCUUGAUCUUUCUGUAAGGAGUGACCCCACAGCCUUUGGCCACAGCAAGUGACAUGGCCUCAUAUGGAAGUUCCUGUGUACCUGAGCAUCUCUUCCAUUACGGAGCCAAUGCAAGAUACCUCUCGUGCAUAUCAUGGAUGUAUCUGUCAAUAGGCAAUAGUGGUCUGUUUCACCUAACCCUUGUAAAGUCUUUCCCUGGCAGCAUGUUACCUUUUACGUGAUUGCAUAUAAAGAAGAUACUGAUCAAUUUGCCUCCUACUGCAUGGCCACAAAGGACCCUGCAGGACUUUGAGCAAAGGGCAGCAGGACACAGACUACUAGCACAAUUUACACAAUGCAUUGGUCAAUCUUGGGCGACAUUUGAAGGACCUCUAGUAAAGAAGUCUGCAGAAGAUGGGUCAUGGUCCAGAUCUGGCUGGCAAACCACAGCAUGGGCACAUUCUUACUGAGAUCAUGAAUCCAGCAGUACCAGCUCUAUUCUGGAACCGAUUUGCAAACUUGUAACACAACAGAGUGCCUUUUUGUGUGAAGGCUGUAAAUGAAAGGCAGCGACAAUAAUCACGACUGACUAAAGCCAUAUGAAAUAUUUUUCUGUUUAGGAUUUCCUGCCAAAAAUAUCAAUCCUAAAUUUGAGCAAAUGGGCAUAACUAAUUGUGAGAGCUAGGCUUACCACAGUUGAUCCCAUAUAGUUGCAGGUACCAUGUUUGCAUGCUGCAAGGAUGGAUGACAGUCUUACAGCUGUGUAUGGGGUGCCUGGGUACACCUGCUGGGGAAGAGGAGUCAGGCGAGCGUGUGUGUCUUGGGUGCCAGCCCAGUGAUGACUGGGGUGGUGGUGCCCCAGGGUACUGCCAGUCCCUGUGACUCCUGCUGUUCAAACCUAAAGUAUGCGAGCCCAGCCUGGUACUGAAUGCCCCUGAUUUUUCCCAUCCCAAAUUCCCACCCCACAGCUUCACCCUUAGUGUUCCUCAGUGGGCGUUCUUGUCAACCUAUCCCAGAGGCAGGAUGGAAAGCCUUUCUUCCAGCCUUCCUUUCAUCAUUGCUCUGCUUCUGAAUCCAUCUUCCCAAGCCUAUUCGUGCUUUCUACUACCCUUAAUGCCCUUAAUUGCAACCUCUAAUCAAUCUGUUGGGCUCCAGCUCAGUGCACUCACACCCACAGCCUGCAGCUCCUCCGCAGCACAGCUAACUGGUUUUUCUAGGGUGCUGUUUCCAUUGCUGGCCAACACCCGCCUUUACUCCUGGCUGGUUGUUGCUGUUUGGGAAGUUUGUGCAUCCCUGUAAAAUUGAAGCUCAAAUUCUCAUUUUGGUGAGGAUUUUGGAUACCUGGGCAGAUUGCUCUUUGCCAAAAUCAACUAAAGGAGUUUUCAUAGAACAGAAAAAGAAGACGCCCCAGGGGAAAAGUUAUUUAUGUAACGUAUCUGGGACUCUGUGAAACAUGUUUUUUGGGAAAUGCUUAAUGAAGAGUUCAGGUCUACUUAAGUUCAUACAGCUGAGAUGUGGGCUUACUGUUAUAACUGCUAGGAUAGAAAUCAUGUAGAGCGAUGAAGGUGAGAAAGAGAAGGUGAGAUAUGCUGCAAGUAUGUUUUAAGCUGUUAACAAGGAGCUGGCAAAAGCCCUAGAACUACUGAAAACUGAGCGCUCCAUGGUACAGAGGUUUAAUACAGAUGCUGCUUAAUGUUGCAAUAGCCCUGUUUUUGACAGUUCUGCAAACCAUCAGAGUAGUCUAAUAGCAAAUGAAAUGCUACAGUCAAAAAGUUGUCAUCCUAAAACCAGCUACUGUCAAUGUACGUUUCAUGAGCUUUACUGGAAGUGAGAUGAAAACCACAUAAUUAUUGACGACUUACAGAAAUCCUGAUUGCUGAUGCAAAAUUUUGUGAGGUUUUAUUUGGUCCUGUUAGAAAGCUUACAUUUACAUCUAGAUUGAGUUAAUGCACUAAGGCUGAAGCCCAAAGAACAUACCUGGACAUUAUUAUUACUUUUUUGCUAAAAGUAAAUACUUUAUUUGUUGCAGAUUUUUCAGCAAGCUCAGUUUUAAGUCUCUUUUCUCUGGAAAUAAAAAGAAAUCAUGUCAGAAAAUUAUAUAUCGGUGAUCAAAUGUAAGAGAUUAAUUAGAGGGCUUUUUCUAAGACCUCAGCUGAGUUUUAAUUGCAAUACAGUUAGUAUGUGCAGAAGUAAUUGGAGCAUUUAAAAAAUAAUCUUCUCACUCAUCACUUAAAAUUAGCUAUGGCUUUUGGUUUGCAGUAAUGCUAGCAUUAGUAAGUGACUACCUGUACUGUAUAGGCCAAUUAAAAUUAACAAAUGCUUCUUUAACAUUCCUUUUAAUCACACGGGAGCAAAAAGAACUUCAAAGCUCUGAUUUUUGUGAGCGUAUCAAAUCAUCAUUCUUUUAAGGGAACAUUAAUAUAAUCUGAUAUUAGAUAAGUUUCUGACAUACUUAAGAAUGUAGAUAUAUUUAUUAUUAGUAGUAGCAGUAGUAGUAUAUAUAUAAGGAAGGCUCUGCAGAGAGAUCUGGGCAGGCUGGACCGAUGGGCCGAGGCCAAUUGCGUGAGGCUCAACAGGGCUUAGUGCCGGGUCCUGCCCUUGGGUCACACCAGCCCCACGCAGCGCUACAGGCUGGGGCAGAGCGGCUGGAAAGGGCCUGGUGGGAAAGGGCCUGGGGGUGCUGGGUGACGGCCGGCUGGGCAGAGAAGAGCAGCAAAGCUGGUGAAGGGUCUAGAGAAUGAAUCUUACAAGGAACACCUGAGGGAACUGGCAUUGUUUAGUCUGGAGGAGACUCACAGGGGACCUUACUGCUCUCUACAACUACCUGACAGGAGGCUGUAGGCAGGUGUGGGUAGGUCUCUUACCCCAGGUAACUAGCAACAGGACAAGAGGAAACACCCUCAAGUUACGCCAGGGGAGGUUUAGAUUAGAUAUUAGGAAAAAUUUCUUCAUGGAAGGGGUGAUGUAGGAUUGGAACAGCCUGCCCAGGGAGGUGGAACCACCAUCCCAUCCCUGGUGGUGCUUAGGGACAUGGUGUAGUGAUGGACUUGGCAGUCCUGGGUUGAAGGUUGGACUUGAUGAUCUCAAAGGUCUUUUCCAACCUAAAUGAUUGUAUGAUUGUAUGAUUCUGUAUCCUGUGGAACUACGUAUCCCUAUCAGUAUCAUAAUUAAGUGCUAUCAAUUAUAUUAAACACCUUUCAGUUCUUUUGUCUGGAACCAAAACUGCUCCAUUUGCUUCUGGUACUGUUUGCAAAGGGGUUGUUAAUAUGAGAGACAGCUGUCUGUUUUAAAUUCUUGACUAAACUGGAUUUAGGGGGGUUGAUGACAUUCUUCCUGUAAUGUAAUCUGCAGAUGGAUUCUCUAUCCAGAACAGAAUAGGUGGAUCAGUUUUAAAAGAUCUUGAACGGAAAAUUCUAAUUCUACCUCACUGAAGUCUAUCAAAACUAUCAAAUCUAGAAAGGUAAGAUCUAAUACAGUCUUACUCUUGGCAUGAAAGUAAACAGAGCUGGAAAAU